AACAAGGAUUGACUGUGGUUUAGUCCAAUUGACAUUUUGUAAUUUUUGUGAGAUUUUAGAAUUUCACGAAUUUUCAGCCGUUCUAUUUUAAGACAAAUGACUGAUAACAGUUUUUGAGUAUUCCGUGUUAAAGUCACAUACAUCAGUCAUGUGUUCCAUUGCCGCGGGUAGGAUUUUGCUAUGAAAGUUAUCUUGAAGAUCACGAAGGUUUUAUUCGGCAGGGUUGUUAAAGAAACUGUUUGGUAAUAUGCAAUGGAAAUACAAGGGAUGGAAAGGGCGAUGGCUGUGGGCGGUGUUGGUGCUCGCAUUGUGCCCAUUACUAGCGGCCCAGAAAAUCGGUGACCCAUACAAAAUAUUGGGCAUACACCCCAAGGCUAAAUUACCUGAAAUACGCAAAGCUUACAGGCAACUCGCUAAGGAGUGGCACCCUGAUAAAAACGAGCAUCCAAAUGCGGCAGCUCGUUUUGUAGAGAUCAAACAAGCAUACGAACUGUUGACAGACACUGAGCGAAGACAGGCAUAUGAUUACUAUGGCAUUACGAACGAAGACGACUACCUAUAUAAACAGAGGCAUGAUUACAGCCAAUAUGCUAGAUUUAGUAACGAUCCGUAUGAUGAGCUCAUGGAGAAAUACUAUCGAACACAAGACCAAGAUAUUACGUUAUUCCACAAAUUGUCUAUAACGGCGCGCCACUUCGAUAACAAUAUAAUCGAGAAAAGCAUUCGUACGCCAGCAAUAGUCCUAUUUUACACGGACUGGUGUUUCGAGUGUGUGCGCUCAGCCGCCGCCUGGCGCCGCCUGGUGGAAGCUCUGCAGCCGGUCGGCGUCACCAUGGCAACCGUGCACGCGGGCCACGAGGCCAGCCUGGCCCGCCGAGUAGGCGUACAUGGAGUACCCUGCCUUACGUUCAUAUUAGACAAACAUGUAUAUAUGUAUAAGGAGCCCCUAUCUUCGCUACCUAAAAUUUUAGAGUUCAUUCGUUGGAAAUUCCCUUACAAAUUGGUAAGUACGAUAUCGGACAGCAACGUGGACGGGUUCGUGUCGGACUUCGAGGACAAUAAAGUGAAGGCGCUGAUCUUCGAGGAGCGGCAGACCAUGCGCUUCAGAUACCUCAUCACUGCAUUCCACUAUAGAGAUAGAGUCGCUUUUGGUUUCGUAGACAUGCGAUCCCGCGACACGUUGAACGUGACAGCUCGGUACAAGGUGCAGCGACACACCGACACCAUGGUAUUGCUCAAGGAGGACAGCGAGGAGCCGGCCGCCACCGUCAGCACCAACGAGAUACCCUCCGAGACACUGCACCAACUCAUCGAGGCUAAUCAGAUGCUCACACUGCCGAGGCUGUCCUCGCAGAGUGUGUUUGAGAGCGUGUGUCCGGUGGAGUGGCGCGCGGCGCGGCGCCGCCUGUGCUGCGUGCUGGUGGGCGCGCGCUCGCCCGCCGCCGCCGCGCGCCGCGCGCUGCGGGACCUGGCGCGCGCCUCCUCCGACAGGCUGCACUACGCGUACGUCUACGCGCACAAACAACCUGCCUUCAUACAUGCCAUCGCUAACGGAUCCGGCAGCGACAUAUCGGAGAUGGAACAUCGUAUCGUCAUCAUCUGGCGUCGUGAAGCCACGCGGAUCCAAUAUGAGUGGUUGAACGAGACGUGGCCGAGUUGCAACCACGCGCACUGCUCCUCCGACCACUUCCCGUCGGACCCCGUCCUGAGGGAGGAGUUAUUGAAGUACCACGAGAGACUGAAUGAGACAAAGCGAGCGCUUGACCAGCUCAUCAAGAGGUUGUUGAAACCGACUGAGGUGAUGGCGUAUGAAGCUCAUGUGCAGGAGUUGCUGGACGAGGCGGCGCUGGGCGCGGUGUGGCGCGGCGUGCUGGCGCUGUGCGAGUGGGGCGAGCGCGCCGCGCACGGCCUGCGCUCGCAGCGCGCGCUGUCCGCGCUCUCCGUGCUCGCCACCGUCGCCACCGUGCUCGCCGCCGGCUACCUCAUGGCGUACCUCAUACGUGUAGAAGAGGAGUCAGUGCAGCGGCAGAAGGAAGAGAGGAAGAAACAGAACGGAGUGGGCAAGAAGAACAAUAACGAGCCGAGCUCUGAACUCAGACUCCACGAGUUGAGGGCCGAGAAGUAUAAUGGACUGGUGAGACUGUUAAAGCCUGGCUGUCGGACGAUCGUGUUGCUGGUAGACAUGCAGAGUCGCGUGCAACUGCUCUCCAAGUUCCAUAAGAUUGUGUGGCCCUAUCGCAAGAACAAGACGCUGGUGUUCGCGUACCUGUGCGUGGAGCGGCACGCGGGCUGGUUCGCGCGCGUGCUGCAGCUGUCGCUGGGCGGCGCCGAGCUGCGCCUCAACGCGCGCAACUGCGUCGGCACCGUGCUGGCGCUCAACCCGCACCGCAAGUACUUCUGCAUCUACCACGCCAAGCACCCCGAGUGUACCAAGCCACACAAGCGUAUGAGUCGCAUGACGCGGUCUCUAGGUGAGACGGGUACGUUUGACCCCGAGGCGGGCGCCUUCAUCGGGUUCCACACCUCGCCCGACUCUUCAUCGGCAGACGAGGCCACAGACCCGCCCGUACUCAUGCAAGAGAACCUGCUAGACGGGCUGGAGAACUGGCUGGACCGUCUGUUCGAGGGCAGCACUCAUCGCUACUACAUCAACUACUGGCCGGACAUGACCACCAAGUGAGCACACACACACACACGCUACUCUGUACACACACACGUGACACGUUGUGACGUAACUAGGAAGGGGGUAAGGGGGAAGGGGGUCGUUUAUUUAAGGGGUUUAGGCAUGAUUGACUCGCGUUUUUUGUGAUUAUUGUUGUCAAGCAAGUUGCUGUCGAAUCUUAUUGCAAAGAUCUGCUUGUUAAAAGUAAGCUUUGAUAGAUAUUUUUUUUUAUUAUACGGUAUUUGUUGGUGUACAUGGGUAACUAUUGUUUGUAGAGUUGAAGUGUUGUUUGUUGUUGUUUACGAUAUCUUUAUUGGUCGUUAUAUUGUUAACACUAUCUCGAGUUAAUUUCAACUAGUUUUUUUAAAUGAUGUCUUCGAUAUAAUCCUUUAGGGCUUCCUUUUAAAACUUUGAUUGCCAUUGAAUCGCGAUUCCUAGUUACGCCAAAACGGAGAAUGGUACAAAUAAUUUUUAUUUUAAAUAAUUUCUUGUAUUUUUUCGUCGUUGUUAAGGAAAUAUACUGCCCGGUUAUUGCCGUUUUUCGACCAUAGAUUAUAAAUAAGUGUGAUAAUUAUUCGUAACGGUUUGCCUUAGAGCUGAUGACCGAGAUAGAUGUUGAGAUCGCUCGUUCGAAUCGUAGUUUGGAAUCUGAGAAAUAUUAAGGUCAACAGAUUGUGAAAGGGACCAAUGAAGUUAGUCCCGCCUGUAUCUUCACUAAAGCUUUAUUGAGACAAAAGAAUAGCAGCUUCCAGCUAUAGUUUUCAAACAGUUUCGACACUAUAAUUUUUUAAAAGAGGCCUUAUGUAACGGAAUUAAGAUACAGUUUUCAAAUUACGAUUCGGAAAGUUGCGUAUCUGAUAAUUUAUUAUAUUAUGGUGUCGGGUUGUCUCGAGCUCGCGUUGCGUGGUACUUUGUGCGACUGUACUGUACUGUACGGUACAGUCGAAUGAACAAGUGUAAUACUUAUCAAAUGUUACUUUGGACACAUUUCUAUUGACACAGACAAAAUGGCAGCUCAAUCUUAUUAGACUAAUGGCAUCGUUAGUUGAAUAGAAAUCAACGUGACAUUAGCUUAUGAAAUAUUUAUCUUGAACGUACAUGCCAUUUGUCUAGCGGACAGUUAAUUUGACAUCAGGUAUUAUAUAUGGGGAGCUGCUAGGUGUCGCUGUAGGACGCUUACUCCCGGUUGAUGUGUAAGACAUAUUCAGUGGUGGACGUCUUGUGUCUUAUAGUAACAAUGAAUGUGGGAGGAGUCAUUUAAUGAUAUUCCAUCCUAACAAAAAAGGCUUAUCUAAUAUUACAAUAGCAUUAAUCAUAAUAAUGGCGAAUUGCUGGUAAACCUUUUAGAAUGUAAGAAUUAAAGAUUUUAGAAUGGAAUUGAAAAGGUCAUCCAAGACAGUUAUUCAUGUCCCUGGGACGGGCCGAACUUUGUUUCAGUGUUUUCAUAGUUGUAUCUACUGUAG